AUGGCAAAGUUGUUUGUGGUGUGCCGUCCUGAUGGCUUUUUGCCGGUGAUUGCUGAAGCCGGUGAUGUCAUCACACCAGACAAGCUCCAGCAGGACAUCUUCAAGCCCAGCGAAGAGCAACUCAACACCAUGUCGGUCGAUGAGAUUAAACAGCUCUACACCAGUCUGGGCUUCAAGCUCAGGAAGGGCACGAGGAAGUCCGAAUUUGUGCGCUUUGUUCUUGGAGACUGGGAGAACACCAUGGCUGAGGCACGUGUGCGAUUUCUCUCCCCAGUUGGAGUUCCAAAUAAGCUCAUGUUCUUCAAGAGCAGCGCCGGCUUCUUCAAGCCUUUUCUUGUGGCUGGUGGUCAGGUCUUUCGUGAGGAGUAUUUCCAGGGCGACAUGGAGAACCUUGAGCUCACUGCCCCCAUGUUGCAUUCCUUGACCAAGUGUCAGCUUGUGAGGCUCUACAGCACCAUGGAAGGCGGAGUUCUUGAUGCGAAGUAUACCAAGCCAGAAAUGGUGGCAAGGGUGCUGAGCUUUUGGAACCACAACAUCACGCGGUUUCAGGAGAGCGCCUCCGAUGAUGCCGAGCCUUCCGCAGGAGAUGCUUCACCUGACCUUUCUGAAGGUGAUGCUAACAGCGCUUCAUCCGACCUCUCCGAAGAUGCCACCAUUGGCAUCCUUGACAUCAUGGACUUCAACGAGGAGGACUGGUUGACAACACCAGCUGGCAAGGCAUACCUCAACAGCCCCGCGUGCUUUGAUGACAUGCUCACAGUUCGGGUCUUUGACUAUGUCGGGGAGCGGUUUUUGUUCAGUGUCGUCACCGACAGGGAUGUCACCGGUCAGGGCUUGAAGCGGUCCAUCAUUGACCACAUUGCGUUCAUCCAGUCCACGAAGGAAAGCUCUGAUGAAGAGCCAAUUCUUGGACCGGAUGACUUCAAGCUCUCUCGCAAGGCUCGGUUCCAAGACAUCCAGCCUGACGAUGAGCUCGUUGAUGGCAACACCUUCUACAUCUGCCUCAAGCUUCGUGGUGGUGCUCCCCGCACCAAAAAGCAAGAGGCAAAGUCCAAGGUCAAAUACAUGUCCGUGCUGGAGAAAAAGAAGGUUCGGGAUGCCAACCUCCAGAACAUGAAGCCCUGUGAAAUCACCAGCACCCCCGCCUUUGUUGAAAGCAACCGCAUCAUGGCCAAUACUUGGGCACAUGGUGAAAAGGAUGCGGUGUCAGCCUUUCAGGAGCUCAUCAACCACUUGGACAUUGACCAGCUUAAGUGUGCUCAGUCCUCAAUCGCAAGCAACAUGGGUGGCGACAACAAUUUCAAGCUGGGCAAGCUUUCAGAGGUGCUCUUCGGUGGCAACAUUGACAAAGUCAAGGAUGUCAGGGAUGUCGCCAGUUCCUUCAUGGAUUGUGCAUCCCUUACCACCAACGCCCUCUUUGAGAUGGCGGUCAAUCAAGAUGACAAGUUUGACAUCACCAGUCUCCGCAACAUGAUUGAUAAGAUGCUGGUGCGCAAAGAGGGCUUCCAGAGUGGCUACAUGUCCGCAGUGAGCCAAUCCAAGGCACCGCUACCUGCCCAAGAUGUUGCCAUGUAA